UGCCGGCUAUGGCGGGGUCGGUCCCGCGACCCGGGAAUCGGCUCUUCCGAACGUAUGGGGCUCCCGGCGGCCGGAGGUCGCGGCUGCGACCGCGCCUGGCAGCCGCGCAGUGGUUCCCGCCGCAAGACCGAAAGCGUUUCUGCAGCAGCAGCAGUAGCAGCAGCGACCCUUCGUGGUCGGUCGCUUCCGACGACCCUGACUUCUCUCCCAGCAGUCCCGCGGCUCAGCGGCGGAGGCCCCCCGGCGGCCGAAUCUCCGAGGACCUGCCGAGCCCGAUCGUGACCCCCAAGUGCCUGAGGCUGCGGGCGCGGCCCCAGCAGAAGUGCAGCACCCCCUGCGGCCCUCUCCAGACGCCGCCCUUCCCCAAGGGCAAUCCGGGCGGGCUCAGCCUGGACCUCUGUGUGUGCCGCCGGUCCCGGGACGGCGGCGAGCUGGGCACCAGUGCCUCCCUGUUCAGCGCUCUGGGCUCUCCCGGCCUCGGCCCUGGGUCCCCAGCGCCAGAAGAUGGUGUCUUCUGUACCGGCUCCUCCGCCUCUCCGGAUGCGGCCUCUGAAGCUCCGAGCGGCUGCCACAUCCCAGCAGCCUCGAUGGACCACGAGCCUACCACCUGCUCCCGGGAGGCAGCCACAGGAGACAGGUUCACCAGGCUGGCCCCCCGACCCCGUGCCAGCCUCAGGUCAGUUUCCUUUAGCUUUGUCGACGCAGAAAACCCUGAGGAUUCAGAGUUUGGGACGGAUGGGAAGAAUAUGAGGGAGUCCUGCUGUGAAAGGGAGCUGGUGGGGAAGAGGCCGGAGGGUCCGGGCUUAUCAGGCAUGCCUAAGAGAGCUACAGACCAGAACUCUUGUCAAGAGAUUGGGUCUCAAGAGGUUACCCAGAUUGGGUAUGAGGAAGCCAGUGUCUGCAAGGACUAUACUGUACCUGGGGUAAUCAGCAGGCCUAAGAGGACUGGGCCAAGCAGGAAAAAGAAAUAUAAGGAGACAGUAGAAACCUCCCUCCUCCAUUAUCAGCAGUUUAAAAAGGGCCAAAAGAUGGAAAAAGAGACAUUUUUCAGCCAGGACCUGACUCAUUUACAGAAUGCCUGCACUUGGACCAAAACCAGGGCUUCUUUGAGUUUCCACAAGAAGAAGAUGGUGACCACUGUGUCAGAAGUAUGCAGCAGCUACACUGCCACCACUUCUCUGUCAGGGUCCCUCAUAUCAGAAUAUGCAAACCUUCCCGCCACAGACAGAACAAGCAGUGCUCUGUCCCCUUCGCACUCCUCGUCCAUGUACUUGCUAACCCCUUUAAAAACACUCUGUGUUAUAGACAAAAAGGUAUAUGAUGCUGAAAAGGUUUAUGGGGAGUGCAAUCAGGAAGGUCCUGUCCCCUUUAGCUAUUGCCUUUCCACAGAAAAACUAGAAUGCUGUGAGAAGAUUGGGGAAGGGGUAUUUGGUGAAGUGUUUCGAACAAUUGCUAAUCACAUACCUGUAGCUCUAAAAAUCAUUGCUAUUGAAGGACCGGAUUUAGUCAAUGGGGCCCAUCAGAAGACUUUCGAGGAAAUCUUGCCAGAGAUCAUCAUCUCCAAAGAGCUGAGCCUCUUGUCUGAUGAGGUAUGCAACCGCACAGAAGGCUUUAUUGGGUUGAACUCAGUGCACUGUGUUCAGGGAUCUUACCCUCCCUUGCUCCUCAGAGCCUGGGAUCACUAUAACUCAACCAAAGGGUCUGCAAAUGACCGACCUGACUUUUUUGAGGAAGACCAGCUCUUCAUUGUGCUGGAAUUUGACUUUGGAGGGGUUGACUUGGAGCAAAUGAGAAAGAAGUUGUCCUCCAUGGCUACUGCAAAAAGCAUUCUACACCAGAUCACUGCAUCCCUCGCGGUGGCUGAGGCAUCGCUGCACUUUGAGCACCGAGACUUACAUUGGGGGAAUGUGCUCAUAAAGAAAACCAGCCUCAAAAAGCUGCAGUACACCCUCAACGGGAAGAUGAGCACAAUCCCCACCUGUGGGCUGCAGGUCAGCAUCAUUGACUACACCCUGUCCCGCUUGGAGCGGGAUGGGAUUGUGGUUUUUUGUGACAUAUCCAUGGAUGAGGACCUGUUCACAGGUGAAGGUGACUACCAGUUUGAGAUCUACAGGCUAAUGAGGAAGGAGAACAACAACUGCUGGGGCGAGUAUCAUCCUUAUAAUAAUGUACUCUGGCUACAUUACCUCACAGACAAGGUGCUGAAACAGAUGACCUUCAAGAAUAAACGUAACACUCCUGCCAUGAAGCAAAUGAGGAGAAAGAUCCAACAUUUCUACAAGACAGUGCUGAACUUCAGCUCUGCCACUGACCUGCUCUGCCAGCACAGUCUGUUUAAGUAGCCAAAGGUGCCUUACUGCCUCCUAGGGCACCAAGCUUGAAGCCCCUGGUGCUGUUUCCAGUCUCCACACCAGAUCGGGGCGGAAUUCCCAUUCUUACAUGUUCACAUGCAGCUUUUCAAACAAAAAUUUUGUUUCCAUGUGGAAACGCAAAUGGUUGAAAUUAACAAAUGUUCUUAAAAACCUACACAAGAGAACAAGUGUUUACAACUUACAAGCCCUUUGUCAGCAGAGUACAUUCUGUAAAUUCCAUAUUUUCAUUUUUGAGCCUUGACACUUCAGGUAGUCUGGGCAAAAGAAAAUGCAGGAAGCCUAAGGCCUCGGCUGUCACUGAUCAGAGCCUGGUGCUGUAGGUGUCAUAGACCAGCUGCGGGCCCCAUGCCACCGAUGAAGAGUCGCCCAAAGCAAAGGGGUGGUAGCAAAGCAGAGGCCCAGACAGACAGACGGGAGGGACAGAGGGAAGAAAGAUGGUAAAUUUAUAAGAAGCAUGAGAAAUGCCACAUGUUUAUCAAGCUCAUUUGCCCAUCACAAAGAGAAGCAAAAUUUAUCAGUUUUCAAAGGGAAAAUUAAUGUUUUCACAGGUACUAAAGAGGUUUGAAUUUUUCUUUGUUUUUCAUCAAGAGAAGGAAAACUGAAAUGUUGCUCUAAAAGCUGAGUGGUUGAUAUUCCUCCUGAAAGUGACUUUGGCAAUUUACUCCUAAUGUGUUCCCAGGUUGACUUACCUUGUUUUUACUCCUUUUCUAGAAGUCUAGUUUUUAUACCUUUAAAAAUCCAUAGUCACUCUGGAAAGAAAUGUGAUCAAAAUAAAGAAACACCUUUAAGUA